CAAUUUACACUCUGAUCACGACAAGAUAACGGAUCAACAGUUAGUGUGUGUGUGUGUGAGAGAGAGAGAGAGGGAGAAAUAGAAUAUCCCAAAAUCUUUUUGGUUGACACAGAUAUUUAUAUAUGUUAUCAUCUUUUUUACUGAAUUUAUGAAGAAAACAAAGAAAUGUGAGCGUAAUUAAUCUGGAUCUUUCCCGAUCUGAUUCUUGUUUAGGUAUUUCAGAGGAAGAACCUACUUUCUAGGUGACCUAAUUAGGGCUUAUUUUCAGCCACAGUACUGGUUUUGCUCGACCCGACUGGAUUGUAAAUGUGGUUUUCUUGAAAACCCGGUUUUUAUUUGUUUUCGCUGGAGCUGAAUUCAACAGAAAUUUUGUAACAAGUUUGGAUUUUGAUGAGAUGGGGUUUUCUUAAAAACUGGUUUUAUUUGGUUUCUGAAGCUGAAGUGAACAGAAAUUUUGUAUCAAGUUUGGAUUUUGAUGAGAUGGGGUUUUCUUGAAAAGGGGUUUUAUUUGUUUUCUGAAGUUGAAUUGAACAGAAAUUUUGUAACAAUUUUGGAUUUUGAUGAGAUGGGGUUGUUGAAGAUGGGAUUUUUGCAGUGAAGAGUGACUUAGGUAUAAGCGGAGUAUAAAUUAAAGAAAGCUUCUAUCUUUGCCAUGAUUGAUACAAUUUGAUUACAACAACAUAGCUAGUGUAAUCGCACAAGUGGGGUUUGGGGAGAGGAGAGUAGACUGUACACGAACCUUACCUGUACCUUGAGAGGUAGAGAGGUUGUUUCCAGUAGAGCCUCGGCUCCAAUUGAAUUCAGCAAAAAAGAAUAUGGCAACUCCAGUUGAGCCACCAAAUGGGAUAAGGUCCCCAGGAAAGCAUUACUAUUCUAUGUGGCAAUCCCUUUUUGAAAUUGAUACAAAAUAUGUACCUAUUAAGCCUAUUGGUCGAGGGGCAUAUGGAAUUGUUUGUUCUUCCGUUAACAGGGAAACCAAUGAGAAGGUUGCAAUCAAGAAAAUAAACAAUGCUUUUGAGAAUCGUGUUGAUGCUCUGAGGACUCUGCGUGAACUAAAGCUCCUUCGCCACCUUAGACAUGAAAAUGUGAUUGCUCUGAAAGAUGUUAUGAUGCCAAUCCACAGGCGAAGUUUCAAAGAUGUUUAUCUGGUUUAUGAACUGAUGGAUACAGAUUUACAUCAGAUCGUCAAAUCCUCUCAAACACUCACAAAUGAUCAUUGCCAGUAUUUCCUUUUCCAGUUGCUUCGAGGUCUGAAGUAUCUGCAUUCUGCGAAUAUUCUUCAUCGAGACUUGAAGCCCGGAAACCUGCUUAUCAAUGCUAACUGUGAUCUGAAAAUCUGUGAUUUCGGGCUUGCACGUACAAGCAGUGGGAAGGACCAGUUUAUGACUGAAUAUGUUGUUACACGCUGGUAUAGGGCUCCGGAACUCCUCCUUUGCUGUGACAACUAUGGAACAUCCAUUGAUGUAUGGUCUGUUGGUUGCAUUUUUGCGGAGCUCUUAGGGAGGAAACCCGUCUUUCCAGGUACCGAAUGCCUUAACCAACUGAAAUUGAUUAUCAACAUCCUUGGUAGCCAGAGGGAAGAAGAUUUAGAAUUUAUCGACAAUCCAAAGGCGAGGAAGUACAUCAAAUCACUUCCAUACUCUCCCGGAACACCAUUUUCCCGCCUCUAUCCCCAAGCUCAUCCGUUGGCCAUUGAUCUCCUGCAGAGGAUGCUUGUGUUUGACCCUUCCAAAAGAAUUAGCGUUAUGGAAGCACUUCAACACCCGUACAUGUCUCCUUUGUAUGAUCCAAACACUGAUCCCCCAGCGCAGGUUCCUAUCAAUCUUGACAUAGACGAGGACUUGGGAGAAGAGACGAUAAGGGACAUGAUGUGGACGGAAAUACUUCAUUACCAUCCUGAAGCUGCCACGGUUGCAAUGGAAGUUGUUAUGUGAGCUUAUGUUAGAGCUUUUUGUAACUUAUGUUUUCCCCUGCUUUCAAUAAAUAUCGAGUCUUGAUUCAUCGACAGUUUGAGCUGCGAUGCAUAAAAAGAACUGCUCAAUUACAUAAGCUUGAACUUCUUAAUCUGUAUAUAGGUGUGCUUUUGUACGUCUAAUUAAGGGACCUUUACGCUUAAUGAAUGUACUGACAAUUUUAAUUGUUUUACUGACUGCUUGUGAUGUCUA